AUGGCCUGGUUCCAUGUAGCCUGUGUGGGCAUGAGGGAGGCCAACAUGAAGGCGCUGGGGUUUGAGCUUCUGAUGUUCCUCUGCAGGGAAUGCCUGAGCAGGAGCCUCAAUGAGUGGAGGAACCAGGAUGAGGAAAAAGAAGAGAGAGUGGAGCAGAGCACCCAGACAGAAAACCUGAUGAAAGAGUGUAGUACCAGACUUACAUCCGUGUCCACGAACUCUCUACACCGGCAUCCACAAAGCACCCAGUGGCCCCUCGAGCGAACCAAACCUCUCCACGUGGACCUUUACCAGUCUCAACCAGGGUCUCCACUGCGCCACUUCCUGGAGAGUGUAGAUGCACGUGCAUGUGUCAGUGUAACUCACAGUGCCAACAUGACACCCACCGUGGAUCAAUCACAUAUGCACUCCCCUCCCAUCCUUUUCCUGGCUCUUCUCGCGGCUUACAUCGGGAACCUGAGAUUCGUGAGUGGGCUGCAGGUGUUACUCCUUCUCCAUGGGGCUGUGGGAGAGGUUGUGGUGGGCCAAGUAGUAGGGGAGCAGAAGGAUGGCAAGAAAGAGGAGACUAUUAUCACAAUGCCACAGCCACCGCCGCCCGAGGAGUACCAGUACCACCAGCACGUCGAAGGUGAAACGCUCGUCAGGGAGUACCUUCUGCAGGAGAUUCAUCCCCGCAGCGCUCUCAUGUGUCCCAAGGGCCUCGCUAUAGCCAAGAUCAGCAUGAAGUUGAGUGUCGGGAAGGAUCUUGUGGAGGCGCAUCCCGAAGCUCGUCUGACGGCACCCUUCUCUUACUGGCUGGUGCAAACUGACGGCGGAAAGGCCAACAGUGAGGAGGAAGGUCCCAGCAGGUGUCCGACGCUGCAGCGAUGUCUAGGCUACCAAGCGUGCCUCUUCACUUUCGGGAUAGAGUUUUGCCACCUUGAUCCCCUUCCUGGACAACGCAAGUUCCUGCUGGUGACGGUGACAUGCAUGCGAGACAAGGCACUGCUCAAGGGCAUGCAGGAGACUCAUCAAGACGGCUCCUCCGCCACCGAGGUGGAGCGGCGCUCUGGUCAGGUGUUGCAUCUCACCUACACUUCACACCUGGAGGAGGGCGUGCAGGACCUAACCUCCACGGUAAUAUCGGAGCGAGAAGAGGGUGAAGGUGAAAUAUUUUAUGCCACGUGCCAUCAUCUCCAGGACGCCACUAAGUACGGCUAUCGCGGCCAGUGUCAUUCGGAACCUCCAACCUCUGAGGUCGUGAGCGAGGCCCUGUGGUCCCUCCUCGGCAGAGUGCCUUCACGCCAGUGCCGAGAGGAAUUGCAGCAGAUCUACUGUUCUUUCCAGUACCACAGCAAGGGUCUCUGCGUUCCCCCGUUUCUCGUCGCCCCUGCCCAGGUGAGUGGAGUGGACCCUGGAAACUUGCAGUUCACCGAUGUAUCACUUCCCAAGGUGGGGCCUCGUCCACCACCCAUGCAGCUCAAAAAUCCACCGGGGCCCCUCCACCCCACCGGUCUUGCCUUUGUCAUCCUCGCUCACAAAGAUCCUCCUGCUGUAAUGCAGCUGCUGUCCCUCAUCUACAGACCUCACCACUUCUACGUGCUGCACGUGGACCUACGAGCCACCCAGGUGCGCCAAGCCCUCACUGAUCUACUGCUCCACCUCAUGUCGGGAGCCUCCAACGUGAGGAUCUUGCCAGCGUCGCGCUCCUUCGUGGCCUCUUGGGGGUCGUACAACAUCGUGCGGGCAGAGCUGGAGGCGUUCGAGGAGUUACUCAGGAUGGGACAUUGGGACUUCGCGAUCAACUUGAGCGGUGCCGAUCUGCCUCUUCGGGACGUGGACGACCUGGCGGCUACUCUGGCACCAUAUCGCGGAAUGAACUUCGUGCCGAUCUUCGGCCAGCGGAACAAGGAUGUGAAGGCAGACCAGGGCCUGGCGUGGGAUGUGUGGCAUGGGUGUGAGGGCUACGUGUACAACGUCACCAGGGGCGGCGGUCAGCCCAGGCCACAAGACUUGCUCAUCUACACUGGGUCCCAAUGGUCCAUUAUGUCCCGUGAACUGGUGAACUACGCCUUGACUCCCGCCCUUCGCUCCCGAGCUACAAACCGAUGGCAGUUCUACCUUCAAAUGUCCAUCAUUCCCGACGAGAGUUACUUCCCGACGCUGAGUCACAACUCGCCUUUCGUCAAUGCGACUCAGCACUUGGGGUUCCACUGGCUGAAGCGCUUCGAAGGACGCAACACCCUCAACCUUUGCCGCCACAUGGAGGAUACUGACUUCUGUGGUCAGGGUCCAGGCCCCAUCACUGAGGAGGAUCUUGGGCAGAUGUUUGAGAGUUCUCAUCGCUACUUCUUCGCCCGCAAGUUUAACACAAAUUCACCGACGCAUUCUACCCGAGUGAAGGUGAACCAACACAUGCGCAGCGGCUAUUAUCAGAACCUGUUGACACAUCUGCCCCGCGCCCUCGUGCAUCAGCUCCUGAUGGCAGCACACGACAGGCUUGUUGAGAAACACCUGGUGGAGUCCUCCACGCGACCCGGGAACCUUCUCUCUCUACGGGUGUUGCCCGUCCUGCACCUCACCAAUCCCUGCUGCUCCCUGCCCUUCCAGAGAAGCUUCAAGAGCACUCAGGAAUUCGUCGUCUGGCUCGACUUUACCUUCGUGGACGCCGAGGGAUGGGUGGCAGGGGGAGCUCGGGCAGCAAUGUGGCAGCAGCCACCAUUUGACUGCUAUCCUGACGGUCACCUAAGGGCACUGCGGGUCACGACUUGGAAGGACGAGGUCCGCAGGACACAGCUUUCCGUCAACAUGCCACUGCCCUUCGCCGCGCCGGGAGCUGACUCCGUGCACGUGGAAUUGUGGUUCCACGUGGGGCCGCGGAGCCUUAGUCCUUCAUGCCUGGCUGAGGAGGGGCGCCUCGCUUCCCAUCCCGGUACGCCCAUGCACUUUCCGGACCUUAAAGUGGAGGAAGUGACGGCGCAGCCCCUGGAGAUAGUGGUUCAGCUGUUGGAUCCGCGGGGCAGCGUGAGGUGCGAAGAGCGACGCAAGGAGACGUGGGAGGAGAGCCGAGUCCACCCCAAUGCUGAUGGGGAGAGGGUGGAACUUGCGUCUUUCUUUACACUCUCGUGCGGCCUUAUGGAAUCCGGAUCCUGGACCGUGAGAGUGUUCCAGAGCGGCUUGGAGACGCCCAAACGCUACGAACUGACGGUGGUGGUGCUCCCCGGGUUUUGGGGGACGCAAGAACCAACACCCGAUUUGCUGAUGUCCCUGUGGCGGGUGGGGGAAGUGGCUCUCUUGCCUCUGCCCGACGGAGGUGAGAAGGCGAGGGAAGAGAAAGAAGAAAAGAAUGAAGGAAAGGAGAAAGAGAAGUCACACGAAGAUGAAGAAGACGGAGAAGAGGAGGUGACGCAGGAGGGAAGGAAAAAGGUUGAGGAGCAACAUCAGCAUAGCAUUCAUGAGAGGUCAGCUGGGGUAAUAACCUCUGACCCGGUGCAGCGUGAGCAGAUCUUUAGACUGGACGAGUGGCUGGUGUGCGGCGGCGGCUUGUUGACGGCGACGCUGGCGGUGGUGUUCACAUAUCACUGGGUGGUGGUGCCUGCCCUGCUGUCCGUGAGAGCGUCCCCCAGGAUGCAGCGCUCCGCCCUUCUCGUUCUAGGCGCCGUGCUGCUGCAAAUAUUCGUCACAUCCUCCUUUUGCAGAUGAUAUCAAGCUCCCCCACCAUCAUCCCCGUGGAACUAUAUCGCUGGUGGUCAGAGUGAAGAGAGAAAGGAUGACCUAUAGUAAGACAUUAGACAUACGACCCAAACCUUAAGCGUUUUGGUGUAUUAUCUUUCAGUAUAGACUCAAA